AAUCCGCUCGAGCCAAACUCCGCGCAACCAGAAUCGCAGGGCGAAGCUGGAGGCUCAGGCUGGACUUGUUGAUCUCCGUUAGCAAGAAGCGAAAGGGAGAAAGAAGGAAAGGCGAGAAGAAGGAGAGAGGCCCGCGCUCCCUGACUGCGAGCGGCGGGCGCUUCCUCCCCGCUGGGCCCGGGCCCCGCGCGCGGCGUCGGCGGAGCUGAAGGUGGGGCUUGGGCGAGAAGCGCAGCCGGAUCGGCGCGAGGGCCUGCGAGACGCUUGUUGCGACGGGGGGCGCCUCUUGAGACCCACGGAGACGCCUUGGCCCGGGGGGGGGGAGCUGCUGCCUUCGCUCUCCCCAUCCAGCUGCUGAAGGGGUUAUCCUGGGAUUUCGUCCCCAGUGGGGUUUUCUUUUUUCCCCUGCCCGCCCCCCUCCCCAUCUCUCGCCGCCGCCGAGGAUGCCCGCGACGCCUUCCUGCCUGCUGAGCUAGCCCGGAGCAGGAUGUAGCGAGCGAGCGAGCCAGCUGGCCGACCGAUGCCCUCGCCACCCCCCGGAACCCCACGGCGCCUCCUUUCUCCGGGAUCGUGGCAAGAGAAGUGAGUGGCGGAAUUGGGGGAUGGGGAGACGAGCACCCGGGGGGAGGGGGAAAUGGGGCAAACCCCACGCGGAGUUAGGAGCUAGAGGAUCACAUCUGCCCGGGGCAGCAUGUGGAUGCGCAGGCUGGGCUGGGGAGCUGCCCGAGGGUCCUGCUCCUCAAAUCGAGGGUUCGGUCCCCGUCGGUGUUGGGGGGGGGGAGGGAUCUGACUCCCCCCUGCCCCCUGAAAACCCUUGUAGGAUUUUGGUCGGGCGUGGGGAAAGAGAAGGAGCCGUUCCUCCUCCUCCUCUUCUUCUUCUCCCGGAUUUCUCCCAUCUUGUAUAAGCAACAGUGUUGCUAGCUCUUUCUACUGGCUGCAUAUUAUUCUCUUUUUUAAAGGCUGUUGUUAUGACGACUCCUAUUAGUUAUCGCUGGGGGGGGGAUAAAUGGAGGAGAUGGAAAUUCUUUCACACUCCCUCCCAUAGAAGCCCCACAUUGUUUCUUUCUUUUUUUAAAGAGCUGGAAAUAAAUGUGAUGAUUGCUCCCACUCAGGUUAUAAACUCGGGUUCUCUGUCUCCACACCAUCUCCAUCAACAACGUACACACUCCGCGGUGUAGUCUCUCUUUCUUGUAGACUUAAAUGGAAGAAGUGUGCCUGUCUUUCUCCAGUGCCUUAUUUCAAAUAAUUGAGGUUAAUGACCCCAAUUUCCCUGGAGGCAUUUGCCCCAAACUCACCAACAGAUGUAGCCAACUUAAGCUCGGCAGACUUUGCUUCCCCAAGUAUCUUACUUAAAUGAAUUAAAAUAGGUGUGCCGCUCCCCUAUUCACUCAUUCCACUAGAGACCUUCAUAAGGUGAGAGUUUAAAUUUUUUUUGUUCCCUCCCCCUCCACAAUACACCCCCCCCACUGAUGUAAUCUGUUCUAGCAUGGGGCCAUUGCAAGCCCACUAACCCCUUCACCGACCACCCUUUGUAAGUGGUGAUUUACAAAAGAUUAGUCUCUGACAUAUCUGCCUUUCCAGAGCUUACUAGAGAGAGGAGAGAGUAAUAGCCAUAGAUAUGGCUUGUUUCACCCAUACCCAAUGUGAACAGGACUAUCAGACUGUGAAUGUCAUUUGACUUUGCUCCAUGCUAGACUUUCUGCAUGGUGUGUGAUCAGGUGCUGCUGUGUAAACUAUUACUGCCGGCCUGUGCCUCUGAUGUCUUUGAGUUAAAUUUAUAACAGGGGACAGAUUAGAAGCACAUGUGAAGAGACUAGAUUGGAAGCAUUUCUGUUUCUCCAAAUACCUAAAAAAGAAAAAAAGGGGGGGGAAACCCUCCAUGAUUCUCUUUUAAAGUUCAUAGUUCAGCUCUUUGGCAGAAGAGAGAAAACUGAGAAAUGCCUCUUAAAGAACAUGUAGAAUAAAAAAUGAGAACCAGUAGAUAAAAAUUGCAUGCUAUUUUCCCAGUCUUAAAACUCAUAAACCUGGAAGGAAGUGCUAUUGGUUGAACUAACUUCAAAACAUGGAGUUCCUAAAUACCCCAGGCUUCAUGUAUGUAUGAUUUGGGGAAGGAGUAUAGAAAGGCAUAUGACAAUUUGAUGUGUAGAGUUUCUUGCAGAAUUAUAGUGACUUUUAAUGCCCCCCCUUGUAUCCUACCCCAUAUACAACGCUGUAUGUAGCGUGUCUUCAGAGAAGAGUUUGUAUGAAAGGUUCAAGCUUGGAUCACAAAAUAGGCCUUUUGGUGGGUGUGUACCUGGUUUGUACUCCAUUUAUGUCUCUGGGGUUCACCCACUUCUCUAGGGAAAGUUGUUUGGAUGUCUCAGUUAGCCUUACCAGUUGAAACAGUGGGACUCAAAUGAACACCAGUGGCUGUACCUUGGGUAGGGGAUGACCCUGUACAUCAGACUUCCCACCUACUCCAUUUCCAAAAUCCAAAAUCUAUUAUGGUUGUACAAACUAGUCCUUUUGUUAGGGACAUCCAAAUUCUCAUUGUGCCUAGAAUCAAGCUGGGACAUGCAUUUGUGUGUUUGUGUGUGAGAGAGAGAGAGAGCGGGGAAGGUACGAAAGGGUGAGGGACAAACAGUUAUGUACAUUGCCGUUAAACCAAAACAUGCAGGUCUUUUCGUAAGUAACCAAGUAUUUCAGCUUUCGCUUGAUUGUUCAAUGUAACACAUACCCAAAUGCUUUGAUGCAUCAGUUUAAAGGGGGGGAGUCCACAAAUCUAAGUAAAGGUUCAGAAGAAAAGGAGGGUGGGUAGUGGUGAUGAGAAUACAUAUUACUUCAAGGAGAGCAAAAUUAAUUACAAUGGAAACUGCUCCGAUGAGCUGCCAACUGGGGUUCAUGGGGUCUUCCAGAUCCCACUACAAACCAGUGGGGCAGUUUGAUAAUUUUAGACUCCAGACUCAAUGGACAUAUGGGGGUGGGAGACUCUUUAGAUGGUAACUUCAAAAGCAUAGUAAUCUGCCUGUAAGCCACAUAGGGGCCCGCAUGCGCUCUCUCUCUCGCUGAGUGGGGCAUUGUCCCAGCAGCCUGCCCUGACAACACCACUGCCCCAAACACAAACACUCUGAUAGCUCAGUUGGUAGAACAUGAUACUCUUAAUCUCAGGAUUAUGGGUUCAAACCCCAUGCUGGUUGAAAGAUUCCUGCACUUCAGGAUGUGGGACUAAAUGGGCCUCAUGAUCCCUGCCAACUCUGCAAUUCUGUGAUUCUGUGACAUGGCACUGGUUAUUUUCCCAGAGGCUGGAAAACGUGUUAGGAAAUCUAUUUCAGCACCUGGGUGUGGACAGCGCACAGGGUUCCCUUCUAUUGCAAUGAGUUCUUGCCAUGUAUAGAUCAGGCAAAGGCUGCUCUAAGUCUUGCUGGGCCAAUGGCAAAAAAGGUAGCCUGAUCGCCUCCCCGCACCCUUCCCCCAGCUCACCACUCUUAAGGCUCUCUUCAGUUUCAGCACCAUUAAACUGAACAGCGACCUGUGCUCUUGCAGCCAGCCUUCUGUCCCCGCUCCUCCUUCAAGCAGACUAACGGAGCUGUUUGUACAGCUGCCUGAUUAAUUGAUCAAGCAGGCAGCCCACAAACAAAGGAAGAAGCUCUCAUUUGAUCCCCAGAAGUCGCCAGUAGCUCUGUGGAUUUUUUUCUCUUGCAGGCAUGGAGGAGGAGGACAGAUGAAGAGAUCCUGCUGAGAAGUGUGAGUGCCCUGGAAGCUUUCAUCAGCCUGUUCCAGCCUUCCUGAGACAAGCAAUGCCUGCGGGGAUGAAUAAGCAUGGAUCUCGAUCGACUACCUCUUUGCCUCCCGAUCCCAUGGAGAUUGUCAGGAGCAAGGCCUGCUCCAGAAGGGUCAAGCUUAAUGUGGGUGGCUUGGCCCACGAGGUUUUAUGGAGAACCCUGGACAGGUUGCCACGGACAAGGUUGGGUAAGCUCAGAGACUGCAACACCCACGAAACCCUUAUGGAUAUAUGUGACGACUACAACUUGGAGGAGAACGAGUAUUUCUUUGAUAGGCACCCAGGGGCAUUUACUUCUAUCUUGAACUUUUACCGCACUGGCAAGCUGCACAUGAUGGAGGAAAUGUGUGCCUUGUCCUUCAGCCAAGAACUGGACUAUUGGGGGAUUGACGAGAUCUAUCUGGAGUCCUGUUGCCAGGCAAGGUACCACCAGAAGAAGGAGCAGAUGAAUGAGGAGCUCAAGAGGGAAGCGGAAACAAUGCGAGAGAGGGAAGGAGAGGAAUUUGAUAACACCUGCUGCGCCGAGAAGAGGAAAAAGCUCUGGGACCUUCUGGAAAAGCCCAAUUCUUCUGUAGCAGCCAAGGUAAAGUCUAAGCUACACAUACUUUAUCUCUUGUGGAGACAGCAUGUACCUAUUGAUCAGAGUAACGGCUGGGGAAUACUGGGCUUUGAGUGUUUUAUUGUACUAUCCUGGCUGUACUGCCCGUAGCAUCAAAAGGGAUUGCCACAAUGCAGUGUGCCAUUCGAUUCUUUUCUUUUCUGUGCUUUCGUAUUACGGAGUUAUGUUUCAGUGUUGUUUUUAAGAGAGACGAUUUGGGGACAUAGACACAGAUUGACCUGUCAUUCUGCACUUCCUGCAUUUUUACUGACACAAGAGUAGAGGACUUUCUGUGGGGGGCCAAAGCACUUAAUGGAAAGUUUAAAAGGGCCAUGGACAGAUUAUGCAAACACUUCAUGUAGCCAAAGCCAGAUAUGUAAUAUAUUCAUAAAUCAUGAAUGGAUGCAUUGGAGCUUUGCCAAAUCUCCUGAAGAGUGUUUGGUGUUAGUAUCCCCAAAAGUAUUGAUUUUGGUGUGACAGCAAUACUGUAUAGCAUAUUUCAAUUCAUUACCUAAAGGUUUGUUUUCCUUCUACUGGCAUGUGCUGUGAAAAUAUUACCCAUGUCAAUUGAAUUGUUGGUUUGGUAGCAGCUAAGUUCACUAUAUUGAUAUACCAUUCACAUUAUGCAGACUAUAGUUACUUAAGUUCUAUGUUUAAAUUCAACAAGUGUGCUACUCUUCCCAUUCCUCUCCCUACCCCUGGACAGUGAUGGCUUCCUAAUGUUCGUUCCAGCUUCUCUAUUUUCUGGAUGCAGUGUUCUAGCGGUUAUGUUGAUAUCCUAAUCUCCUGGACCACCACCAUUUUUUUCAUUUCUAGUCUCAGGCAUUUUGGGGAGAUCUGAAAACGUUUUUUUUCUUGUGAUUACAGAGGACUGACUUUGUUUAAAGAAGAACGAGAACACAGUAUCUGCAUGGGGUCUCGUGGGAUUCCAUAAAUUGGUAUAGAAAGUUAGAAGCUUCCACUCUGAUAGUCUCAAUUUGCCACUUAGAUAAGUUCUGAGGCUGCUAAAUGGCCCAAUUUGGGGGGUGGCUUUUUUGUGUUUGUGCAGGGGCUUUUUUUGUGAACACCAAGCCACCUGAUAGAAGUGGAUGAUGUUCUGCCUUGUCUUUCAGUCAAGAACUGAAUGACAGGAAGUCAUGAAAAGAGGGCAGAAGAGUCAGGGGAGAGGGUCCAUAGCCUAGUGAUAAGAGUCCACAUUUGCAUGAACCUGGAAGGUUCCAAGUUCAUUCAUUGGCAUUUUCAGUUCAAAGGAUCUCAGGCAUCAAUGUGAUGAAAGAAUUCUGGUUGAAUACCCUAGAGAUCUUCUGCCAGUCAGAAUGGGUCAGCAAUGGGAAAUACAGACCCAACAGCAAAAGGUAACUUCAGGUGAAACCUGCUCUAACUUGGCUGCCUAACAGAUGGGUGAGGAGUUUGCAACACUGCUGCCUUAGGCUACGCUCAUCAAAACAUGAUAUAUACACACACCACUUCACUUGUGAAGGGUGCAUGGUUGUAUCAACCCCUUUCCCUUUUAAAGCAUUCCAAAGUAGUGACCUAACCCUUUCAUACCCUUGUGUAUUUAAAGAAAAGUAUUGAUUUAAAUCUUCUAUUGCAACCCAUGCAGUAUUUCAUACUUGUACCAUCUAGAAAAUACAAUGUGAAAAAUGAUACUUCAGGCUCGACGGUUUUUUGUUUGAGGGGUAGGUGGGUGAGAUACACCUUGGAAAGAUUAAGGCUCCAAAAGUCACCAUCACCAGUUUAUGACCUUGAAGCUGCCAGUGUGGUGUUGCUGUAGGCGUGCCAGACUAGGACCUGGGAGACCAGGGUUCAGGGUGACCUUGGGCCAGUCGCUGCCUUUCAGCACAAGGUUAUUGUGAGGAUUGACUGAAGAGGGGGAGAUCCAUGUAUAUACCACCUUGAGCUCCUUGGAGAGAGAAAAAGGUUGGGUUACAAAUACAGUAAAUAAAUUAAUUAACACCAGCAUAAUCACAAAGAAACUGGGUGCAAAUGUGAAGGCUAUCAUAAUAACAACGUGUAGCAUUAAAUUGGAAAACCUCAGAUGGUCAGCUGUUAAGAAACCAUGUGGGUCUCAUAGUAAAGCAGUGGUUUCCAAGCUGAAUUCUGUGGAACCCCAAGGCACCUGGGGAAAUUACCAAGAGUUUCUCAGUGAGAAAAUCAGUAAAGGUUAGAACCUAGGAAACUGCCUCCUACUGUGUCAGACUGUUGGUCCAUCUAGCUCAGUAUUCCCCGGAUUUCAGGCAAGGGCCUUCCACAGCCCUCCAUGGAGAUGCUGGACUUAUGGACCUUCUGUAGCUUCCACCACUGAGCUACAUCCUUUCCCCAAGCUUCCUGGAGUGGCAGCUGGCUGGUGGUUAUCAACCUUCCUUUGUAUGGUGCAGCAAGAGAGGAAUGUUGUCAACUGUGUGCUCAGUUGAGAUGCGGCAGUGGUGCCAUCCCCAAAGCCUUGAGUGUCUUGGAUGAAGGUGUUGGCUAUUUGCAGCUUAGUAGCACUGCAGAGAGCUUGCUGGGGAGACCAUGCAUUAGAAAGGGACUCAAAAAUAACUUAAACAAGGUUUUAAUAACAAAAACAAAAACUCCUUAUACACUAAAUACAUCAACAACAAACCAGACCCAACCACCAACCCAUCCCCCAGGGUAAUGAGAGAGUUAGGUGCUGCCCCUUAUAUACUACACUCAAUUGCUGACACAGCUUGAUUAACACAACCUGCUAUGUUUCACAGCUGUAAGGUUGGGUCUCGUUAUUUGCCCUGGCCCUGGCCCUUAAAGACAUACACAACUUGUGAAACAGUAAUGAACCUUCACAUUUUAAAGUGACCAUUCAACAGAAGGGAGCAAAACACCUCCCAAAAUCUGCGAUAUGCAGAACUUCAUUGCGUACACCACGGGACAUCUCAACAGGUAGUAUUUUCUGAAGGGAGGAUCUUUGAAAACCACGGCCAUCAAACAAAUAGGCAUGGAAGCAGUUGCAAUUCUUCUAGUCAGUGGGACGGUCUCGGAAUAUGCUGUGAAAUGCAAAUUGCACAUUCUAGCAGGAAGACUUUACACUUCGCUUUUGUAAAACCUGGAUAGAUGCUUCUGCAUGAGCACAGCCCGGUGAUUGUAAAAGAAACUGAUAGUUCCUUUAAAGUUCUGAGAAGGCGUUUCAAGGAUCGAGGGACAUCUGAUGCAGUGUGUCAGGAAAAGGGAUGUUGUGUGGCUUUCAAAAAACCCCCAAUUGUCGUUUUUAUUUCUCACAACAGACUGAUCCAGGCUGCCUUUUUAAAUAUAUAUUUCAGAUGUCACAGUGCUGAAUGUGAAUAAUUUAUCAGGGUGUUUUGGCAUGCGUGCAGAAUCCCAAAACGUCGGCCUCCGGCUUAGGCCGGCUGUGGCACAGAAUCAAAAUCCAUUAGAGGCUGUUGAUGUUUCAUGAUUUAUUGUAUAUGAGGAUGAUCAUCCUUGCCAAAGAAGUGUCUUUUGUGAUUUAUAAGUCAAAUCCAUUCUAGGGUUUGCCUUCUGGAGAGAAGAGGGAGAGAGAAAUCCAGUGUAAAUGCAUUUAGCAAUUGCAGGCUUAUGUACUAAUUUAGAGUGGAUUGUGGGAGCACAUUUCACUUCCUUGCGAGCUUCCGCUGCUGAGAUUUUUAGCCCAGGCUCGGAUGCUGAGUUGCUCCUCUGUUCACAUAAGAGGCUAUGGUUCCACCAAGUCUCCCUGCUUCUUUAACCUGAUCCACAAACACACAUUAUAUCCAAAUCAUUCCCAGGGAGAGGCUCCUGCUCUUUCUAAUAUUUUUGUGGCAAUUGCCCUCAUUGCCUUUUUUGGCAGCAAGAUGAAUGUAUUUGGAGUUUUUAUAAUUUGUAUAGCUUGUACUUGAUUUUGUGUGUUGAUUAUUCGUGAGCCACCUUGGUGGUGGUCUUCUUCUUCUUCUUCUUCUUUUAAAGCCAAAAGGCAGUAUGUAAACAAACAGUAACAUUUUAGGGUAUCCCACAGCAUUGCCAAGUUUUCCCCAAGCCCCUUAGCAGAUUUUCAGGGGGUGCUGAGAACUGCAGAAGAAAGCAAGAGAUGGAGAGACCUUUCCCAGGAAUAUGAACUCGAUGUUUCGUUCAUAGAAGGAAAGUUAAGCUCCAAGCCGGGAUAUCUGAUGAACUGGAUCUCAGCAAAUCCCCAUGUGUCGGACUGACCUAAUCUGCACUAACGCAUGGAUCGUAAUUUGGCUAUCUAUCAAAUUUCACAUUUCUCCAAAUGUUGCAAUAACAUUGGCACUGGUACGGCUUAAUGGGAGUGAGAGGGGUGAGUGCAGUGUAAAUUCCCCCAUGGAGUGAAUCCAGUGCUGCCACUGAUCUUGUUGCUGCCGCUCCUUUCUCCCUCUGGGUAAGCUGCAGUGAUGCUGGUGAUGAAAAGUAAAUCACAUUUUUGUAAACCGCUUUGAGGAUUUUAUCCAGCGGUGGAUAAAUUUUCUGAUCCAGCGGUGGAUAAAUUUUCUGAUCCAGCGGUGGAUAAAUUUUCUGAUCCAGCGGUGGUUAAAUUUUACUAGCUAACUAAAUAGAAAUUGCUACCGCACCUACUGCUACUGUUGCAGUGCAAUUCUUGGUGGUUUAAAUGUAUCAAAACCCAUUAAUACAGUGGUACCUUGGUUCUCAAACUUUAUCUGUUCUGGAAAUCCAUUCCAAAACCAAAGCGUUCCAAAACCAAGGCGCGCUUUCCCAUAGAAAGUAAUGCAAAAUGGAUUAAUCCGUUCCAGACUUUUAAAAACAACCCCUAAAAUAGCAAUUUAACAUGAAUUUUACUAUCUAACAAGACCAUUGAUCCAUAAAAUGAAAGCAAUAAACAAUGUACUGCAGCCACACAAUCAAUCCUUCAGUAGCUGAACUGGGUUCCACACAGUCACAAAAACAAAAGAAAAAAGCCACAAAAACAAAAUAAAUACCAAAAACAGACAGACCUCAGUGUAACACUCAAAACGGAAGUGUGCCACUCAAAACGGAAGUGUGGCACUCAAAUUGGAAGCAUAACACUCAAAACAGAGCACUUUCGGCUUCUGAAAAAUGUUUGCAAACUGGAACACUUACUUUGCAGUGAUUGGGUUCCAAGUUGUUUGAGUACCAAGGCAUUUGAGAACCAAGGUACCACUGUAUGUAUAUUCUGACUGAAAAUAAAUUUAAAUCCUUAUUUAAAUAUGCACUGAAAUGUGAAACUCAUGUAGAUAUGUUUUAACAAUAACAGUCACAGAUUAAUGUGGAAGGGGGAUGGAAUGGGUUAAUGAGUAAAUACAUCUGCCAUUGAUACAGACCAGCAACCGACUGACUGCCUCAUCCAUCCAAGCAAAGCCAGGCAAAAUGGGCCUAUGAUAUCUCUAGACUUCAGUCUGGUGCUAGAAAACAAAACCAACCACAUUUAUGUGAUUUAACCGAGUAGGAUUCACCUGUCCAAAUCCAAAUUUCUUUUCUUUUCUUUUUUUUUAAAUGAUAUUUAUUAGGGGUUUGAAAGUUACAGAAAAAAGAAGAAAGAAACAAUAGAAAGUUAUACAAAACCAAACAAUACCUUACAAUACCUC